GAUCCCGGGACCGGCGCGUGCUCCGUGCUAUCUAGGAUAGGUGUGGUUGCUCGUCCGGGUUGGUUGAUUGGCGGGUAUUGGAGGGUUGUUGGCCGCUGUCAAAAGGAGAUCAUUUUGUUUCAAGAGCGCACCAUGGAGGAUGAGAUUCAGGCCGGCGAGGACGGCCUCUACUGCGUCGGCUUCAAAAACGUGUAUGCGCUGACGCGCGAUGAGAUCUUGGAGGCGCUGUCGCAGUACGGCCGCACGCGCUCCGUGCGCGGCUCGUGCGACGGUCUCAAGCGCAGCUGGACGUUUGUGCGUUUCUCCAACCCGGAGGAGGCGGUGCGCGCCAUCACGGGCCUUCGCUCCUCGCCGCACCUCUGUGACGUCAACUACGUGAAGUACGUGCAGGACCGGCUCCCGCCGGCCAGCCAGGCGGGCGUAUCGCCGCUGGUGCGCGCCGAGCCGGUGCCGGAGCUCUCGCCGGUGCGGCCGCCGGCGCCGGCCGCGGCGCCGCCCACCGGCACCCGGCACGGCCACCACGAGGUUUUCAUCGGCAACUGGCCGCACGACCUCGAGCGCGACGACGUGUUCCAGCUGUGCGCCAAGUACAACGUCGAUGCGGUGGACGUGCGCCUCUACAAGAAGGAGUUGAAGUGCUAUGCGUUCGUGGUGGUCUCCAGCGCCGAGGACGUGCGCCGAGCCAUCGAGCUGCUCGACGGCGGCAAGGUGGCCGGACGGCAGAUCGUGGUCAAGGAUUCACGCAACAGCCUCGCCAAGCAGGAGCCGGCAGCGCAGCCACAGGAGCAGAAGCCGGGCGCUCAGCACCACCAGCUGGACGGGCCGGCCGGCCAGUUUGAUGGCGCCGAUGGCCGAUUUGGGGGCGCCAGAGGUCCGUUCCAGGGUGCCGCCGGGCCGCGCGGUCGCCCGGUCGGUCCCGGCGCACGGCGCAGCUUCAGCCAGCGGGCUGAGCUGGAGGGCGACUUUGACGAGCCGUUCGUCAAGCGCGGCCGGUUCGACGACGUGACGCCCGCCGGCCGCACGACGGGCGCCAUCUCGGACCGCAUCAAGAGUCGCCUGCACGCGCCCAUGGACGUGGUGGUGGCCAACUUCCCGGUGGGCACCAACGAGCACGACCUGUUUGCCAUGUUCCGCAAGUUCGAGCCGCUGAACGUGCGCAUCAUGGUGAACAAUUCGAGCCAGCAUCCGGACGACUUCACGUACGCCUACGUGACAGUGUCCAGCCGGAUGGCGGCCGACGAGGCCGUCAUGGAGAUGGACGGCUUGACCUUCCAGGGUCGCCCGCUGGUGGUGGAGACCAGGAAGAACUAG